AUGUGCCUCAUUUGUGCUCCGGCUGUGUUGGGAAGCGGGUGACAGGUUCCGCGUGUGAAGGAAAAAGAGACAAAGGGGGAAAAAAGCAUUUCUCAAGAGUUUGCAACGGCGUCACCAGUCAUCAUCUGAUAUAAAUGGGCUUAAUUCUUUCUCCAUAGUCACAAAGCAAGGAAGGACGCGAUGGACAAUACAGGCUACAUUCACACGGAAGCAGAACCGGAGACCCCUUGCACGCAGGCGAGUAACGCAAGCACCGACAGCAGUCACUCCUCGACCGAUGGCGAAACCCCCAGUAGCAACUCCCCCGGCAGUGACACCCCCAGCAGCGACUCCCCUAGAUUUGACUCCCCUAACAGCGACUCCUCCGGCAGUGACUUCCCUAGCACGACCGUAGAAAAGCCGUCUAUUACGCCCUACCGCAAAAAUGCCAUCCAAAAGCCCGCCACGCCGCUCAUGGUCGUGCAAAACUGGGACAGCAUCAGCCUCAAUCACCCGGUGGCGCUCAUCCACCCCACCGUAGUGCCCGACAGCCAUUCCAUCAAGGCGAGCGACUUCCACCAACAGAUCAGCUAUUCGGACGACAAAGUGGAGGAACAGGAGCCGACCGAACCCAAAGUGAAGCGGGAAUGGUUCAAAUACUCAGCCAGCGAGAACAUCAGCAUCAUGUACGCCAUUUUCUUAGUCAUGCUCGGAAUCGUCAUCUACACCGCCGACAUGUUCCUGGGACGACAAUCCGUCUUGGCUGAGUCCUUCAACAACUUUCUGAUCAUUGUACAAGUCAUCUGGCUCAUGUACAUCCACAUUGACGCGAGGAUUUACGUCAAUCACAUAUCCAAGAAGUUAGAAGAGGCUGAAGGCGAAAGGAAGGACACACAGACAGGGUCCAACGCCCAGCUAGAGGAUCCGAUUCCUCUCUAUUACGGCUUCACCUCCGGAAGACAUGGCGGGUCGAUUUAUUUGAAGAUUGGAGCAACAAUAUUCUGUUUCGGACACAUGAUCCACACUGGCUUGAACUUGGCUCAGAAGGUCCUGUAUCUGCUCGACGACGAUCCUUACUUCCUAGAGUGUACAAACAUUCCAGAUGUCUUGAUGUCUGUGUUGCAGCCCAUCUGUGCCUUCUACCAACUCUUCUUCAUAUUCAAAUACUCAAACCUGAUCAUCAACCGCCGUUACGUCCUGGCUCGCUUCGGCCUCAUGCACUGCAUCGGCUCCUCUCUCUGCUACUGGAUCUACACCAUCCUCCAGGAGACGCUGCAGUCCAUCUUCACAGAUUUCCACGGCAACUCCAGCAGCCCCAGCGCCCACAGCAGCGACGACUCAUCGGCUUGGAGCAUCAAGUACGGCUGUGAGCGGGACAGCUACCUCUCCGACAUGAUCAACUACACGACGCCUUACCUCUAUCCGUUCAGCAUCGAGUUCUACAUCCUGAUGGUGGGGCUGUGGAUGUUCCUGCGGGCCAACAUCGGCAAGGUCGAGCGCCACACGCACAUCCCGUCGGUGAAAGUGAUCUACGAGGGCGACCAUUCCAAGUCGCUGACGUCGAACCUCGUCAUCUUCGUCGACUGCCACUCCUCGAACCGCGGCCUCUUCGCCGGCCUGUUCAUGACCGUCAUCACAGUCAUCGCGAUCAUCCUGCUGUUCAUCUUGUCUUCGUACGAGGGCAGUGACGAAAUCGGGAGGUAUGUGAACGGCGUCACCGAGGUGGUGCUUCUCGGCGUCAUGGUGGUGGCAGCGGCGGCGGCGUACAAGCUGAUACACAGGCUCGACGUCAUCAAGGAGACCGCGACCUCUGUGGACGACAUUUUGGUUUACGUCAGCCUGCCCUGCAUCUUCUUCUACGCGUUCCUCCGCCUGGUCCCGUCCAUCCUGUACUCCGACGCUCUCUUUGGCACCAUGGCCAUCCUGCAGAUCCUGCAAGUCAUCGUCCAGACAGUGAUGAUCUACGACGGGAUGCGCCGCUGCUCGAACUCGUCGGAGCUGAGGCACAAGAAGCCAGGGCGAGAGGUCAUCACGUUCAUGGUGGUGCUCAACGUGGCCCUGUGGCUCCUCCAGACGUUCGAGGUCAAGACCGUCGGGAGCAACUCCGCCAUGUAUUUAUUCUACGGGAAGGAAAUGUGGACGCUGCUCUCCCACCUCACCCUCCCCUUCGCCCUCUUCUACCGAUUCCACUCCUCCGGUUGCCUGGCGAACAUGUGGCUGGUCGUCUAUGAGGUGGACGAAGUGCACUAGAGGCCUGCGAAUGGGAGCUGGACGACGUUAUAGCUUUAGUGUUGAUAUUAUUGUUGUCACAGUUAUUGUUGUUGGUGUUAGUAUUAGUGUUGUCAUUAUUAUUAUUUUUUAUUG